AUGUCUCAACCAAAAUCUAUCAACACUCUCGAGAGAGUCACUAGCCUCACCAGACGUGCAAGCCGAGUCUUGCAAAAUUCUCUACCCAACGCUUCUCCCAUAGCGCAAGCAUCACUAGCGCGAGAUAUCGAGGAAGACACCGAGUCCGAACUGGAUGAGUCGGACUCAGACUCUGGAGGUUCAACUUUGCGACCCUCGACGUCGGCUCCAGGAGGAUAUUCUUUCGUCGGCUCGUAUCGGCGACCGAGCGUUGCCGCAGCAGGAAAUAGAGCCACCAUCCUCCCCCGGCCGUUCGCAGCAGAGUAUGAAAGACCAUCUAGAGAAGAGAGAGCGCGUGCACUGGAAGAGGAAAGAAGUCUAUUGCGAGACAAUAAUCUAAUUCCACCGAAACAUCCACAAGCAGAAGAUGGUCGGAAAAAGAGCAUAUUCCGGAUCCCUGGCGGGGAUCGCAAGGUCUCGACGGAUGAAGACGCUGUCCCAGCCCUGGACGGAGCAACCGGUCUUGCAUCUGAAGCCACACCGUUACUUGGAGACCCGACGCUCCCGUACGGUGGUCAAGGCGAUGCGGAUAACAUCGAAGCCAAAUGGGAAGAAGCCGUCGCUGCCGGCAUGAUACAUACUACCUGGCAACGAGAAGCCAAAGUCAUUGGUCGCUAUUCGGCACCCUUGAUGGUGACCUUCUUACUGCAGUACUCAUUGACCGUGGCGAGCAUCUUCACCGUUGGACAUAUUGGAACCGUCGAACUUGGCGCUGUGAGCUUAGCUUCCAUGUCCGCCAAUAUCACCGGUUAUGCGAUCUAUCAGGGCCUGGCAACCUCUCUGGAUACUUUGUGUGCACAGGCUUAUGGCUCCGGCCGAAAGAAGCUCGUGGGCCUACAGAUGCAACGCAUGGUGUUUUUCCUUUGGACCAUCACUAUACCUAUAGCCGUUGUUUGGCUUCUCGCAGACCAUAUAUUGAUGGUUAUCGUACCGGAGCCUGCUGUGGCAAAACUUGCAGGAUUAUACCUCAAGAUUGUGCUGGCUGGUGCGCCAGGAUACGCGGCCUUCGAGGCAGGAAAGCGUUAUGUACAGGCACAGGGCUUGUUCUCUGCCUCUCUCUACGUCCUCUUGUUCUGCGCACCUUUCAACGCCUUCAUGAAUUGGCUUUUCGUAUGGCAACUCGAGCUUGGGUUCGCUGGUGCACCACUCGCAGUUGCCAUUACCGACAACCUCCUCCCGCUUGGCCUAUUCAUUUAUGUGCGCUAUUUCUCAAAGUCAGGCAUGUCAUGCUGGAACGGCUUCACCAAAAAGGCCCUGCAGAAUUGGGGCCCUAUGGUCAAACUUGCUUUACCUGGCGUUAUCAUGAUAGAGGCUGAGGUGCUAGCCUUCGAGAUUCUGACUUUUGCAGCCUCAUAUUUUGGCACGACUGUGCUGGCUGCACAAUCUGUCGUGGCCACACUUACCUCAAUCACGUUCCAGAUUCCAUUCCCGCUGUCCAUAGCCGGUUCAACACGGGUUGCGAAUCUGAUUGGAGCAACACUUGCCGACGCAGCCAAGGUGAGCACCAAAGUCACUUUCUGUGCUGCAGUCGUUGUUGGUGUAUUCAACGUGACGCUCCUAUCGGCGCUGAGGGACUAUAUUCCUCGGUUGUUCACUUCUGACCCGGACGUCAUCCGCAUCGUGGCGGAUAUUCUCCCACUUUGUGCUGCAUUCCAGCUGUUUGACGCUCUGGCAGCUGCUUGUAAUGGUAUUCUUCGUGGCCUUGGUCGUCAAGAGUUUGGUGGAUAUGUUCAGAUCUUUUGCUACUAUGUUUUUGCUCUGCCCCUCAGUUUUGGAUUAGCCUUUGGCAAGCAUUGGGAUCUGAUGGGAUUGUGGACUGGUGUAGCCAUUGCACUGGGCUUGGUGGCAUUGAUCGAGUUCAUCUACCUCAGUCGCACAGACUGGCAGCGAAGUGUGGAGGAAGCACGGGCACGCAAUUCAGAAGGCGGCGCGGUGUAA